CAGUGAGCUUGUUCCAAGGCCUGGUAAAUUCAGCAAUGCUUGACAGGAGAAAAAGAAGUGUGAAUCCAGAAACAUCCAUGAACAUUAGUGAAAUUAUUUUAUUCAGAGGAUAUCCCAGUGAGGAAUAUGAGGUGGUGACAGAUGAUGGAUAUUACCUAAGUAUUAAUAGAAUUCCUUAUGGGAAAAUAAGUCAGAAAACCAAGGAACCAAAGCCAGCUGUGUUUCUCCAACAUGGCUUUCUUGGUGAUGGCAGUAACUGGGUGACCAACCUAGACUACAACAGCCUGGGUUUUGCGCUAGCUGAUGCUGGUUUUGAUGUUUGGUUAGGGAACAGCAGAGGCAACACCUGGUCUCGAAAACACAUCAAGUAUACCACAAAGCAAAAAGAAUUCUGGAUGUUCAGGUAGACAAAUUUGCUAAAUGUUAGGAACUGUUUGGUUUUGC